UGCGUCGUCUCCGCCGAGCAGAAGCCCUUAAAAACUACAAGGCGGGUGCCGGUGGGUGUCCGCCACAGUAAGGUUUCCCGCCAGAGGAGACGGAAGCUGAAGCGGUGAGGUUCAGACCAGCUCUGUCAUUUUCAUUUUCCUAACGAUCCACACUGCUCCAUAUUUUACCCCGUUAGACCGGCUGCUGCUUCUUCUUUUCGGAAAUGCCUCGUAUAGAGAAUGACAUCAAGCUGGACUUCAAGGAUGUGCUCCUCCGGCCAAAACGGAGCACGCUCAAGUCUAGGAGCGAGGUUGACCUGAUGAGGAGCUUCACCUUCAGGAACUCUAAGGGCAACUACAGAGGGAUCCCCAUCAUCGCUGCUAACAUGGACACUGUGGGGACCUUUGAGAUGGCUGUGGCUUUGCACCAGUUUACUCUGUUCACUACAGUCCACAAACAUUACACUGUAGAUGACUGGUUGGAGUUUGCAGAAAAGCAUCCAGAAUGUCUGGAGAGUGUGGCAGUCAGCACGGGGACCGGUGACGGUGACUUUGAGAAGAUUUCGGCCGUCGUGGAGGCGGUGCCGCAGCUGAAGUACAUCUGCGUGGACGUGGCAAACGGUUAUUCUGAGCACUUUGUCCACUUUGUCAGAGACGUCAGGGAGAAGUUCCCCUCACACACGAUAAUGGCAGGGAACGUGGUAACUGGAGAGAUGGUGGAAGAGCUGAUCCUCGCCGGCGCCGACAUCAUCAAAGUAGGCAUCGGACCAGGCUCUGUGUGCACCACCCGCAAGAAGACAGGGGUUGGCUAUCCUCAGCUGAGCGCCGUCAUUGAGUGUGCAGAUGCAGCCCACGGCCUGGGUGGCCACAUCAUCUCAGACGGGGGGUGCACUUGCCCGGGAGAUGUCUCCAAGGCUUUUGGUGCUGGAGCAGACUUUGUGAUGCUCGGUGGUAUGCUGGCCGGCCACUCGGAGAGCGGCGGCGAGAUCAUCGAAAAAAACGGCAAGAAGUACAAACUGUUUUACGGCAUGAGCUCCGACACGGCGAUGAAGAAACAUGCGGGAGGCGUGGCUGAUUACAGAGCGUCGGAGGGGAAGACCGUGGAAGUUGUCUACAAAGGUCCGGUGGGUGACACCAUACGAGACAUCCUGGGAGGGGUCCGCUCCACCUGCACGUAUGUCGGUGCAGGCAAGCUGAAGGAGCUGAGCCGCAGGACGACCUUCAUCAGAGUCACCCAGCAGCUCAACACCGUCUUCGGAAACGACAGCUGAACGUCCGGCUUUGCAAAGAAAGAAGCGGCGCCGGUUUGACUCCCACAUGCCAUUUGUCUGUUAGUCUGGUGUAAACUGAAGCGAGCAGACGUUUUAUUACUUAAAAACAUCAUAUUUUGAUACUCGUUCAGGUAGUAUGAUGUUAACGUUCAGCGCAGCUCUAGCUGUGUAAGUUCCACUCUAUAUAACAGAAGUAUUUUCCAGCACACAGACCCUGGGUCUCCUCACACUCUGAAUAUUCCAGGUCUGAGUGUGUUUCCAGGUAGUAAGAUGCAGGCUACCUCUGCAGGCCUGCUCUCUCAUCAUUCCAGUGCAGACUCCUAAACUCUGCUGAAAGCCUUUGUCACUGACAUAUAAAAUUAUAGUAAAUGUCUUAAAUUAUUUAUAAAUCCUAAAUGUUUCUACAACUGCUGUUUAAAAAAAUAAAUAAUAAUAAAAUAACAUCGACUUGUUUUUUAGAAACCUGUCAUUCCUUUGCUAAAGUUUUGCACUUUAAUUAGUUAUAAUUUCUAUAAAUGAUCUGUUAGUGCAAUGAGUAUGAGUACAAUCUGGGAGCACAGACAGCAUGUAGUAAUGUAGUGCUGAACUUACAGUACAGAUGUUAUUGAAUCUAUUUGUACUUUUGUCUUACCUGGUUCAGCUGCUCCUGAUCAAUACCAAAGUUUGUGUGUUUCCUUUUACAAACGAGACAUUCAAGUGGAUUUAUUGUGAUGAUUAAAGCCUUUAAAUAAACUGAUUCCUUCAUGUUA